AUGGCCCCGGGACCAUUAACGCGAGAACUGCAGUUCGAGAAAAAGAACAAAAACCUCAUAAAGUUGCCUAAAUACGCCAAAGUCCAAAAACGCCCAAUCCCCCACCCUCCAAUCUCCUCCCCGUACUCCGGCCCCCAAGUCCCAAAAACAGUCUACAUAUCCACCAAGACGCCAUUCAUGAGUGCUGUGAAACGCGUCCAGAAACUCCUCCGAUAUGCCGAGAAGCGCGCCAUAUCCUCUGCCCUGUCGAAGACGAGCGGGAAGCUGAGCGAAAGGGAGAAGCUGGCACGGAUUGCGAGUGCGGAUGAAGAACUGCGGAUAUGGAAUGAGGAAGUAUUUAUUAAAGCGACGGGGAGGGCGAUUGAGAAGGCGCUGAGCGUGGGGAAAUGGUUUGAGGGUCGUCCUGAUGAAUAUGAGGUUCGGGUGAAGACGGGAAGUGUGCUUGUUGUGGAUGAUAUUGUAGAGGAUGAGGAGAAGAUCAGAGCCAUUUCCGAGGACGAGGGGAAGGGGAAAGAAAGACAGCAGCAGGAUGAGGAGACAGAGGCAGUUCCGGUUUCUUCGGAGUCGCUUACGGUUGAUUCUACAGGACCAGCUGCUUCUACAUCUACAUCUACACGACAAGCUCCGUCAAAGCAGACGGAAAAGAACAGGAAACACGCAGCAAUUUCAUCAGAUAUAAAGCUCCCAGAAACGAGAACGAGAUGGGUCAAUAUGGUCGAGAUUGCUGUGAGCCUCAAGUGA